AGCUCCGCGCUCCCGAGUCUCAGCCGCUCAGCUCAAAGGCGAUACAUGGAGAAGAUACAGACCACACGCUUGGAGGAGAUACCGGAGCUUCACAAACAGGAAUCAGGAUGGUUUAUACCGCGGCUCUGCCUUUUGGACACCCGGAAGUGCCGGUUUUGUUGGAAGAAGAAAGUGUCGUAGAGAUGAUAACAAAGUAUUUCCUCCUUCUCACAUCUCCGGGCAGAAAGACGAGCGCAGCACGGCGGGGGAGCGUCGAGAGCUGGGACGAGAGAGACAACUCGCCUGUUUCUACAGUUUCCUACAUGGACGCUGGUUUGGAGCAUGAGGAGCGGCUCCUGCAGCAAGAUGUGAUCCGGCAGAUGGAGCUCUGUCUGACUGAGGCCAAAGCUUCCACCCUCCACUGCCAGAUGCUGCUGCUGCCUCGCCACAUGACCUCCAGGGUCGGCCAGGACGUGGUGCGCUCCUCUGCUGGUGAGCCCUGCGGGCUCCGGGGCGCCUUCAUCAAAGUCUAUGUGGAGGGCAAAGAUGGCCUGAAGUCUGUGGGGAGCUUCUUCCUCGACUCGAGUGUCACCCCGACAUUUGAACUGUCCGUGAUCUUCAAGGCAGACAAGGACGAUGGCUGGCCGCCGCUCAAGCACAUCUUUGAUACCAACAAAGUGUUGAAGCUGAGACCAGAGUACCGGCUGGUGAAGAGGAAGCUGUACUCCUCAGCCAGCCCCGUCAUUCAUGAUUUCAACUAGAGGGGUGUUAAGGCUGUAAACCCCCGUUUCACUGUUUACCUCGUUUUUUGUGUGAAUGUUACUCAACUUUAUCUUAAAUGUGAGGCUGCAUGCACACUGUUGACCUGCACUGCACUGGAACAUGUUUCACUGUUAUAUUUUAGUUAGGGCUGCAACUAAUGGUGAUUUUCAUUAUCAAUAAAUCUUUAGAUUAUUUGAGGUUCAUUUGGUGUAUAAAAUGUUUUCAUAGUUUUUUUUUUUCUUUAAGUACAAGGUGAUUUAUUUAAAUGUCUUGUUUCGUCAAACAAUUUCAGUUCAUUAUGAUCUAAAACAAACUGACAUUUUCCUGUCGAUCGUUUAGUCGACUGAUCGUGCAGCUGAGUCAGGGGAUUGUUCUGUGUUCAUGAAUGAAUGUCUACUUCUCUGCUUGUUGUCUACACACUGUAGCCAAUAUAAAUAUAGUAUUUUGCACAGACUUUGAAUAUUAAAGUGUACAAUGUAAACAUAACUUUCCUCCAGGAUUGGGCGGGUCUUACUCCUGAAGUGUGCUGUACUUAUUUAUGCAAUUGUAAAAUAAAUGUUUUAUACUA